AUGCGUUGUAAAAUCGCGAAAAAAUGUCGAUUUGAUGAUGAAAAUGAUAUUGGAUUAAAUAUAAGAAAAUGUCCGACAGAAACAGUUUGUGAUGAUAAUCAAUGUCGACCAUUACUAACAUUUCAAAAAAAAAAUAUAUAUAUAUAUGAAAAAUUACGAAAUGAAUCGUUUUUAUCUUCAACACCAUCAAUGUUGUGUUUAUUUUCAUCACCAGCAAUAGAAAUUCAUUCAAUGACAACAAGUUUUAUUUGUAUUUUAAUUAUAAUAACUAUUAUAGUUUCAUCAUCAUCAUCAUUUACACAAUCAACAUCAAUGGCUAUAUCAACUGAUUAUACACAACAUUAUAAAAAUUAUCUAAUAACAAGGCCGACAUUCAUUCAUGUACCAAUAGGUGAUCAUCAAGGAAUAGAAGGUUCAAAAUCUGUUGAUUCAUUGUCGAUUAAUCAUGAAUAUUCUUUUAAGCAAGAAUUGAUCAAUAUUCCAAUGCGAGCGAAAUAUGAAAUUUUUAACAAUCGAUCUCAAUUACUUUUUACUGCAUAUGAAGAAUCAGAUCUAUUUCAACGUAUUUGUUGUAGAAAUGAGCGACAAUUUACAAUGCGUGUUCUCGACAAUAAUGAUCGAGAAUUCAUAAGAAUUCAUCGUGAAUUACAAGCUUGUUCAGGAUGUUUUUGUUUUGGAAGUUGUCAAAGUUGUAUGCAACAAGCAACUGUUGCAUCACCACCAGGACAAAUCAUUGGUACUGUUGAACAACAAGGAAGUGCAUCUAGUAUGAAAUAUACUCUUAAAGAUGUUAAUAAUCAAUCAAUAUUAACAAUAAUCGGUCCAUGUUGCAUUGUUAAUGGACCUUAUUCUUGUGGUUGUCAAAAUACAUACACUAUAAGAAAAACUUUAUUUGAAAGACUUAAUUCAUAA